GUGAGUGUGUCAGGUCCAUUGUGUAAAUGUUAGCAUCGUUAAUGGAGCUGGUGUUCGUGCUGUCGUUCGACGGGUCUGGAAGGCGGUCCGUUCUUUAGCCUGGUACCAUUAGCUCUGUGUGUGUGUGUGUUCAGUUAUUGACCUGCUUUGAAUGACCUGGUUAGUGGGCUUACCGUGACAUGAGGCAGCUGAGAGCUUGUGGGCCGUUGUCUGCCUAGACCCAGAUAAGCAUCAUCUUCAUCAUCAUCAUCAAUGGUGUGUCCACAUCACAGAGCCGUCACAACUCCCUGUGUCCGCUCAAUGAACAAUCUGCUCAGCUCUCACGACAGCUGCACAUGUAUGGCGUUUGCGAGAGUCGGAGGGGAGUUUUGCCAAGCCCAGCACCUGCUGCUUAUUGUGGACAAGUGAACGAAAGAAAGCAAGCUGAGCAAAACACUGCCUUUUACCCACAAAGGUUCCUCCUGUCACCUGUUUGAACCCAUAUGAAGCCAACCUUUAGCCUGUCAUCUGUUGAGAGGAGAAGGAGAGGAUUUGGUUUUAGCCCUGAACUCUCUUUUCUGCUCUAUUCUGUCCUGUUUUUACUUCUCAUAUCAUCUCCAUCUGAUACAAACCCUCUCUGAAUAGGCUACAGAAAAUUCAAAGGAAGAAGUUGUAAAAACAUUUUCUCUCCUCUUUUCCCUGCUCUGACCUUUUCUAAGAAAAAUUGAUUCAAUCUUUACUUCAAUAGUAAAAGUUGAUUUUUUUCCCCCGCCAAACAUCUACAAUAUUUAAGCAACUUUACUUUUAUUUUUAAAUACAUCUGUCUCUUCCUGAGCGAUUUAAGGCACUGUCGCUUAUUAUAUUGUAUUUAAUUAUUCAUUUAAAAAAAACAAACUCACCAUUGGUCCCAUCAUGAACCGACCCGCUCCAGUGGAAAUCUCUUUUGACUGUCUGAGAUUCCUCAUCACACACAACCCUACUGAUGCACAGCUGGGACGAUUUAUAGAGGAUCUGAAGGCAUAUGGUGUUAACACCCUGGUGAGAGUCUGUUCUGCUACAUAUGACAAGACACCGGUGGAGCAAGAAGGCAUUCAGGUUCAGGACUGGCCAUUUGAUGACGGCUCAGCUCCUCCAGACCAGGUGGUCGAAGACUGGCUGAAUCUGCUGCAGACAAAGUUUCGAGAUGAGCCUGGCUGCUGUGUGGCUGUGCACUGUGUGGCAGGACUAGGGAGAGCUCCAGUGUUGGUGGCGUUGGCUCUGAUUGAGUGUGGGAUGGAAUAUGAAGAUGCUGUGCAGUUCAUCAGACUUAAGCGUCGUGGGGCGUUGAACUCCAAGCAGCUGCUGUACCUCGAAAACUACAAACCUAAACUGUGUCUGCGCUUUAAAGACGCAGUGGGACAAAACUGCUGUGUCCAGUAGGGAUGACCACAAACACUCACGCUAUCCCUGCAGCUCCAUACAGAACAUUUAACUGUUGUUAUGAAUUAUUACUAUUAUGUUCACGUCACCUAGCCUGUGUAUUGUAAUCAUAGCACUUUCUAUACUGUAUUCUGUCGAGUACAAAAACCUAAAAACAUGCGUAUACUAUUGACUGUUUCGUGGUCUUUAAUCUCAUCUUUUAUAGAAACUAAACUGCACUCACGCUAUAGAAGAUCGUAUUCUUCACUGAACCCAAUGUGUGAAGUUUAAUUGACAACAACAAUUCUUUACACACAGCUGUUCAGGUGUGACAUCUAUUGGAGUCUGUUUCCCCUGAUCAUAAUUCUUCAGUAAGUUUGGGAUUAUAUUACCAUAUGUUGGAUUGUGCUACAUUCUAUUUCUUUCUUUUGUGUUGUUUUUGUGGGAACUUUUUGCCCUUCAUUAUGGCAUGGUAGGUCAGUCUCUUCUGAUGUUUUUAUGUCCUAGAUUAUGAUGUUACCACUGUGUUAGCGUAGGUGAGUGACAUAGAAUCAUGUUGAGACAUUCUUGGUGUCACUGAACACUUGGCUAAAUUUACCAAAUCUGAUUAGUGUUUAUUUUAGGAUUAAAUCUGGCAUCACUUUUGUGAUGGCAAACGUGCUUCGUUCCAUCAAUGAAACUAUUUCAUUUUGUGACAUGUUUUCCAUGAACUCCCUAAAUAUCCCACUAAAACUUAAAAUGUUUGAAAUGUCCUUAGUAAAAGUAAGGUGAGUAUCAGUACACACUGUGUCACAUGGGUCAUAUGUGAUGGUGAGCAGUAAUCUGCUGCCACAGUUAAACAACAUCAAAUUCAGUACAAAUACAAAGGCAUGUGCUAAAGAAGGUAAAGAAAUAAUCAGCACUCAGUUCAACAAACUGUGAGGCAGCGCUGAUUGAUCACAUGACUCUGGUUCCCAUUGAACCUACAGGACAAUCUUCCAGCUUGAACAUGGCUGCUUUCUCAGCACAUUUGUCUUCGGUCUCUGCUUCUGUCAGCUACUGUGUCAGUAGGAUGCUGCUGCUCUUUACUGUAUGAUGCUGUUAUGGUUGCAGUUCCCUUGUUCUCUGUACUUAUUAAUUGACUCCACUGUGUUUCUUUGUGAAAUGUCCAUGGUGGGAAGAAACCAGUCUUUAGCCAAUAAAGUGUUUAGUACUGUAACAUGUGUCUCUAUUCAAGUAAUUUUGAGACUUGAACAAGUUGUCAUCUUCAAAAAAAAAAAAUGUAAUGCCCUCUUCUGCAGGAGAUGUUAAAACGUCCAAAUUGUAAAAAACUGAACUAAGAAUGGUUAAAGACAACGG